AUGAAAGCUAAAGAAGUUUGUGAUAGAUUGAUUGAAGUUCUUGAAAGUAAAGAAUAUAAAUAUUUAAGAGUUAACUUUGCUAAUCCAGAUAUGGUAGGACAUACUGGAAAUAUUCAAUCUGGAGUUAAAGCUGUUUUAACUUGUGAUGAAUGUUUGAAAAGACUUGAUGAAGAAGUUAGAAAACAAAAAGGAAUUUUAUUAGUUACAGCUGAUCAUGGUAAUGUAGAAACUAUGCUUGAUAAACUUGGAAAGCCUAUGACUUCACAUACAUGUAAUCCAGUUAAUUUGUUCAUUAGAGAUUAUGAUUAUAAAGGAGAAUAUGUUAUUGAUGAAUCAGUAGAACAUCCAGGAUUAGCUAAUGUUACUGCUACUUAUAUUAAUCUUCUUGGAUUUGAACAACCAUCAUUCUAUAAACCAUCUCUUAUUAAGUUCAUUUAA